AUGUCUGAUACACCUCUGGCUUCCUUGUCUCUCACACAUGUCCACUAUAACCCGGAGGAUCCCCUGUCGUUUGCAUCGGCAUGGCUCGCCCUCCUGCCUCAGGCGCUCUGCGUCUCAUAUACCACUUUAAUCUGGGCAACCAGGGAAAUCGAGGUCAUUUUGAUGUUUGCAGGGCAGCUGGGCUGUGAAGCAUUGAACUUUGUGCUAAAGCGUCUCAUCAAGGAAGAACGACCAAAGGAAAUGUUUGGCAAGGGCUAUGGAAUGCCCUCCUCACAUGCCCAGUUCAUGACCUUCUUUUCCGUCUACCUUACCCUCUUCCUCCUCUUCCGACACACUCCUGCCUAUGCAACCUCCUAUCCUUUCUUGGGCACUUUGCUGAGAGCCGCUGUGACCAUGAUUCUCCUUGCUGUCGCAGGUGCGGUUGCUGCUAGCCGUAUCUACCUGAACUAUCACACUACCCGUCAAGUGCUAGCGGGCUGCGGAGCUGGUGUGGUGUGCGCCUUUGGCUGGUUUAUCAUCACUGGCUUGCUCCGUCGCUGGGGAUGGAUCGACUGGUUUGUUGAAAUGACAGUUGCACGUCUGCUACGUGUGCGUGACCUGGUGGUAAGCGAAGACCUAGCUGAGGCCGGCUGGCAGCGAUGGGAAUUAUUGAGAUUGAAGCGCCGCAGUGAUGUCCGCAAGUCGGAGUAG